AAAAGGUACAGAGUCCAGGGAAAGACUUGCCUGUAACUUUCUGAAUUCUUGGAUUUUUUUUUGGGGGGGGAUUUUUUUUUUUUUUUUUUUGCCUUUUCAUAACUUUCACUGCGGGUCACUGUGGCCCGAUGCGUCCUUCCCCAAGGCCACAACGUUUGACGGGCCGCACUCUCAUCUCACGCUCAAUGAUUUCUGCUUUGAGCCAAAGGACCGCCUAUAAUUCCAUCAAGAAUGUCUUCUAAUUCGGAUCCUGGGGAUUUACAAGGCUCUCUGAAGCAUGGACUCCCACCUGUCGUGUCUCAGUUUAAGAUGGUGAAUUACUCCUACGAUGAAGACCUGGAGGAGCUGUGUCCCGUGUGCGGAGAUAAAGUGUCUGGGUACCACUAUGGGCUCCUCACCUGUGAGAGCUGCAAGGGAUUUUUCAAGCGAACGGUCCAAAACAAUAAAAGGUACACGUGCAUAGAAAACCAGAACUGUCAAAUUGACAAAACCCAGAGAAAGCGUUGUCCUUACUGUCGGUUUCAAAAAUGUCUAAGUGUUGGAAUGAAGCUGGAAGCGGUGAGGGCCGACCGAAUGCGCGGAGGAAGGAAUAAAUUUGGGCCCAUGUACAAGAGAGACCGGGCCUUGAAACAGCAGAAGAAAGCUCUCAUCCGAGCCAAUGGACUGAAGCUGGAGGCCAUGUCUCAGGUGAUCCAGGCCAUGCCGUCCGAGCUGAGCAUCUCCUCCGCCAUCCAGAACAUCCACUCUGCCUCCAAAGGCCUACCUCUGAACCACGCUGCCUUGCCUCCCACAGACUACGACCGCAGCCCCUUUGUCACGUCCCCCAUCAGCAUGGCGAUGCCCCCUCACGGCAGCCUGCAAGGUUACCAGACCUACGGUCACUUCCCCAGCCGGGCCAUCAAGUCCGAGUACCCCGACCCCUACACCAGCUCGCCCGAGUCCAUUCUGGGCUAUCCCUACGUGGACAGUUACCAGACAAGCUCCCCGGCCAGCAUCCCACACCUGAUCCUGGAACUUUUGAAGUGCGAGCCGGACGAGCCCCAGGUCCAAGCCAAAAUCAUGGCCUACCUGCAGCAAGAACAGGCGAACCGGAGCAAGCACGAGAAGCUGAGCACCUUCGCCCUGAUGUGCAAGAUGGCAGACCAGACCCUGUUCUCCAUCGUGGAGUGGGCCAGGAGCAGCGUCUUCUUCCGCGAGCUUAAGGUGGACGACCAGAUGAAGCUGCUGCAGAACUGCUGGAGCGAGCUCCUGAUUCUCGACCACAUUUACCGGCAGGUGGUCCACGGGAAGGAGGGCUGCAUCUCGCUGGUCACCGGGCAGCAAGUGGACUACUCCGUGAUCGCGUCGCAGGCCGGGGCCACGCUGAACAACCUCAUGAGCCACGCCCAGGAGUUGGUGGCAAAGCUGCGCUCCCUCCAGUUUGACCAGCGGGAGUUCGUGUGUCUGAAGUUCUUGGUGCUCUUUAGUUUAGAUGUGAAAAACCUCGAGAACUUCCAGCUGGUGGAAGGGGUCCAGGAGCAAGUCCACGCGGCCCUGCUGGACUACACCAUGUGUAACUACCCGCAGCAGGCGGAGAAGUUUGGGCAGCUGCUGCUGCGGCUCCCGGAGAUUCGGGCCAUCAGCAUGCAGGCCGAGGAAUACCUCUACUACAAGCACCUCAACGGGGACGUGCCCUACAACAACCUCCUCAUCGAGAUGCUGCACGCCAAGCGCGCCUGA